UAUAUAAACCUACACAUCCGCAUGCAUCAAGUAUUUUACACAUCCUCUACAUCUUUAUUUCCAAUAUUUACAAGUUUUAUUCAAACCGUUAAGAUGGUCUCCUUUAAAUUCUUUGCCUUUCAAGGUCUACUCGUCCUCUCUCAGACGGCUUUCGUCCUCUCUCAGCAGACGACUUCAGCCCCUGUUCAUCGUCGCCAAGCUGUCGCAGACUGUCCCAUAACCAAAUCCAUCGCCGGGGGUUGCCUAGGCAGGUGACCUCAAGCGUCUCAACCGCUACGGCCAGUUGGUCAGCGUCUAGGCGGAUUCCUUGGCCGCAAAGAAGACUUAUAAGCAUGAGUUCCAAUUUUGCGCUCAAUAAGCAUCAUCAAAUUGGAGGGUAUGUGUACACGACGGCCCUUGGAGAUGGGAUAUUGGCCUGGCCUGGCUGGCUGCUUAGCAGUCGCGUAGGGACGCUGAUUUCUUUGACUGUGGUAAUUGUCGCUAUAUAAAACUUUUGAAUAGCUAGCCAGACCUCCUGCAGUAGUCUAAGAAUCAUGUAUCGUCUUUAUCUAUAGUCUUGGCAAUACUCUCGCUUUAGCCCCGCGUCGAAGGGCGCGUCGAUGACAACUCUGACGUCAACCGCCACAUCUUACAGAACCCCAGCAUAAAAGCGGACAUUGCGUCAAAUGGUAUCUGCCUUCUUUCAUUCCUCGUUUUACCCCCGGCGUUUUGACAAGUAUUGAUCUUAAAGGCUCGACUCUGUUAGCCAUUGCAAGCGCCGAUAUCCGAUACUGACCGUAUCACCGACAACCCCAAAACGAAACAACGCACCGUGAAACUCAAUUUCCCUCAACCAGACCGUGCGACGACUUCUUCAACAGCCAAGUCGCUUGAACAAAGCCACCAACAUGUCAUCACCAGACCUAGGCCCCAAGCCGAAAACAAUCACCGGAGGCUGCCUCUGCGGCGCCCUUCGCUACACAAUCACCUUCCCCGAGUCCCACGACUUCGCCUCCGACGCGCAGACCUGCCAAUGCACGCAGUGCCGCAAGCAGUCGGGCGCCCUAUUCGUCGCCUUCCACCGCGCACCGUGGCCCUUCCAAUGGUCCGCCGCCGGCACCCGUACCCUGAAGGAGUUCAGCAUAACGCCCGUCGCGAAGCGGGGGUUCUGCACUGAGUGCAGCUCGUGGCUGUACUACCGCGCCGAGGAGGAGUCCUGGGCAAGUCUCUGCGUCGGGACGGUCGACCAGGAGGUCCUGAUCGGGGCGUCGGGUGGCGGUGGUAGCGGGGGAGGAGGGUUCGGGCGGGCGUUGGUGAACGGGUUCGGCGGGCAUGAGUGGUGCGAGAACGAGAUCCCCGGCGUGACGGACGAUAUCCCGUUGUUGAGGAAGGGGGUGAGGAAUCAGACGAAUGGGGGGGAGAGCACGAUUGCCAAGGCCAAGCUGUGACAAGGCCAUUCAGUGUAUGC